AUGCCUUUGGAUUUUUUGGACCCUUCUGACUCCCUUCAAGACCUCAUCUCUGUUUCUUUUGUCUCCUUCCUCCUCCUCCUCUCCGCCGCCUCCUUCGCCGCCAUCCUCUUCCGCUUCCGCCGCCGCCGCCGCCGCCGCCUCCACGACCUCCUCAGCCCUCUCUGGCCCGUACGCCUCCUCCUCCCUCUCUUCGCCUCCCUCUGGUCUUUCUCCCAGCUUCUCCGUUCCCACGUCCUCCGCCGCCGCUUUCCAUUGCUCCACCGCCACCCAGCCCCCCUAUGCCACGCCUAUCUCGUCUCCUCCCAACACCUCGCUGAGCCCGCCUUCCUAAUCAUCCUCCUAUUCCUCCUCCGCGCCUCCACCCGACCCAAACGCGCCUCCUCUGCAGUCUCUGUCUUCGCCACCGCUCUGUCGGCCGCGCUCCUCGCGGUCCUCCCCUUCCUCUUCCUCCACUCCCUUUACUUCUUCCUCGCCACGUAUGUCCCCAGCCUCGGAACUUUUCCCAAAAGCUAUGCCUCCUCCGCCUCCUCUGACCGAUGCGCUUACCCCCUCUUCGGCACAGUCCUCCUCGCCGUCUUCGCCGCGGUCUUCGUCCCCAUCUUCGUCUCCGCCUCCUGGAAGGCUGUAUCCAUCGUGAUCAACCGGCGCCUUCGGAGGCGUCUCUACGUGCUCUGUGCAGCGGUGGUGGGUGCCCUCUCGGUCCAGGUGACGGCGCUCGCGCUUUCCAUUCUCUGGAACCCCGACGACGAAGCCUUCCAGUGGCUCUCCGUCAUCGAUACCUCCGCUGUCGUGACUCUGAUCUCCAUCGGCGAGGUCAUCCUCGUCUUCUGGCCCGUCGUCGACGCGCUCUCCGUCGGCGACGUGGCGGAGUCGGUGCGGCGGGAGGAGGGUAGCAGGACCACGUGCGUAGCACAUACGCGGCGACCGGCUUUCUCAGCCGUUUGA